AUGAAUUUAAUUCGUAAUCAGAUUCGCCACACUGGUCGAACUCAUAGUGCAACCGUGAUAUUCCUCCAUGGUUCUGGAGACAAUGGAACGAAUUUAAUGGAUUGGAUUCGUAUACUACUGAGGCGAAAUCUGGAAUUUGACCACAUUAAACUCGUAUAUCCAACUGCACCUUUACAACCAUAUACCCCGAACGGAGGUCAGAUGUCAAAUGUGUGGUUCGAUCGGGAUUCUAUAUCAAUAGCGGCUCCAGAAAAUCGCAGUAGCAUGUCAAAAAUAUAUGAUGCAAUCCAUCAUAUUAUUAAUGAUGAAGUUAGAAAUGGGAUUCCAUUAGAACGUAUUAUUGUUGGAGGAUUUUCAAUGGGUGGAGCAUUAGCUUUACAUACUGGUUAUCAUCUGAAUACAAAUAUUGCAGGAGUAUUUGCAUGUUCGUCGUUUUUAAAUCACGACUCGGUUGUAUACGAAUCACUUUCAAAACUUACAAAAGGUCAGACUGAUUUACCAGAUUUACUUAUGUUUCAUGGAGAUCGAGAUGAUCUGGUCCCGAUAGAAUGGGGUUUGUUAAGUUUCAACAAAUUAACAAAACUGGGCGUGAAGGGAAAUUUUACAACCUUAACGGAUACAUAUCACGAAUUAAAACGUAAGGAGUUGCACGAACUUCAUAAAUGGAUAUUAUUAAAACUACCUCCAAUUGAAAUAAAUCGAAGUUGA